UAUCAACUAUCUUCUCAAAUAUUUGGUGAAUAACAUGCCUUUUUUUUUGCUGACACCUAAUCCAGAUGGUUCAGCCAACCAUCCGAGUAAUCUCGGUAUCUCUGGCAACCAUAAUUCUGGUAUUCUGGACCUCGCUUUCCCUUCAGCCACCAGCAUCACAAGUAGCACAGCAAACUCUCCUUUGGCCAACAUAUUCAACUAUCUUUCUGAUUCUCUUCGAUAUUUUGCGCUGAAGCUGGGACGGGAAGAACAUCAUCCCAUCGACCGAACGUCCUCCUUCUCCGUCGGACAGCUAGACCUUGCCUUCGCAGCCUAUUUUUAGAAUUUCACUUUCUAACCUGUCUCGAACGCUGGAGCUGACGAGUACAACGAUUGAAAACUACCGCUUGUAUCUCUCACGAUCAACUCCACUGAACCCCUGCUGUCUCCUUCCCUAGUUCCAGGUUCUCAUCGUCCUAUUGCUGCUCUGGAUACUGGAACUACGUUCAUGUUAGGACCUACCGUCGACGUAGAAACCUUUUAGAACACGGUUGACUUGAAUAAC